GGUGAGUCAGAAGCGGAACCCAGGGUCCGGAACUAAAGGCAGCAUGGACUGAAACUCUACCCGGAUGGUCGUCCACAAAGGACACAUCCCGGAAGCUGACCGGAAAAACUCAACUGGCCGCUGUUUCCUCAAGCAGAGGCAGGCUGUAGACUGGUGGUUGGCGCUGGAACCGGCGGCCCUCGAGAUUCAUCUCUGGCAGCCAGGCCGCCUCUUGCACCCGUUUUGCUAUGGCUCACGUUGGCUCUCGCAAGCGCUCGAGGAGUCGCAGCCGUUCCCGGGGUCGGCGGGAGUCAGAAAAGCGAAGUAAGAAGAGCAGUAAGGACGCCUCGAGGAACUGCUCAGCCUCCAAAUCCCCAGGUCACAAGGCCAGCAGCACCUCUGAGGAGAGAAGCAAGCACAAGGCUCGGCGGACAGCGAGGUCCAGUUCUUCCUCCUCCUCUUCCAGUUCCUCCAGCUCCGCAUCGUCCGCAUCCUCCAGUGAUGGGCGGAAGAAGCGGGCCAAGCACAAGGAUAAGAAGAGGAGGAAGAAGAAGAAACGGAAGAAGAAGCUGAAGAGGAAAGGCAAGGACAGACCUGGGGUGGUGCACCCGGCUGAGGCUUUGCCCGGCCCCUCGCUGGAUCAGUGGCACAAAUCAGCCGGGGAGGACAGCGAUGGCCCAGGUACCGUGUGGGCCAGCUUGCGGCGGGGAGAGGGUGCUCCCUCCAGUCUGAGACCCCCUCCAUAUUCCCUUCCAGUCCUGACUGAUGAGCAGAAGUCUCGUAUCCAGGCCAUGAAGCCCAUGACAAAGGAGGAGUGGGUUGCUCGACAGAGUGUCAUUCGCAAGGUGGUGGACCCAGAGACAGGUCGUACAAGGCUCAUCAAGGGAGAUGGUGAGGUUUUAGAGGAAAUCGUAACCAAAGAACGACACAGAGAGAUCAACAAGCAAGCCACCCGAGGGGAUGGCCUGGCAUUCCAGAUGAGAGCGGGCCUGCUUCCCUGAGAACCCAGGUCUGUGUACUCCUGGUGGUGCCUUGGAGACAGAUGGGUCCAAUUGCCUUUUCUCCUGUGGGUGGCCUCUGGCCCAGGCCAGCAUCCUCUUGGGUGCAGUGAGUGGCCUCCUAAGCACCGGAUUGGGAGAGUAUAGUGUCAAUAUUAAAUAAUCUUGGUCAGA